AUGUUCGAUGAGUUCUUUGCAAAAGCUACAUCCGCAGCUGUUGCCGCUGCCCGGUCGAAACAGCAAAGGGACACCAGCCCCGAGAGCAACAUCAACGGUCGUGGUCGGCAACAGGAGAGCGGUGGCGGUAGCACCAUGCACGAGAGCACGGGGAAAGGAGCCAGCAGCAGUAGCAGCCCGCGAGGCACCGCCACGAAGAGGAGAAGAGAGGAAGAAAAAGCGGCGACUAUUCGGAGGAAACCCUCACCCCCUCGCCGAGCCAACCUCAGUAGCGACAGCAGCAGUAACGAAGGAGUUGCACUUGGAGGAGUGGAGCCCCGGCGUCGCACCAAAGCACCGGGUUCCAAUCACGGUCCGGACGGCGGGACGUGCAAUAGCAGCGACGCUCACGGCUUUUCAUCUCCGCGGGCCGCCUCGCUAGGGGGGGAUGCUUGUUCCGGCGUGGGUGGCAGCAGCGGCUGCAAUAGGCGUAGGAGCAGCUUUGAUACUGACGACAGCUUUGGUGACGGUGGUUGCGGUGACGGUGGUAGCGGUGGUGGCGGCAGCGGCAGCCGAAAACGCAAGCCGCACGGUGAAAGCAGCGGCGAUGAGAUGCAAGUGGGAUUUGGCUUAGACAACGACGACGACUUCAAUUGCGCAGCCGGGCAGCAGCGAGAGGGUGGCCAAAACGUGGUGACGGUACGGGGGGGGGAGGAGGAGGGGGAGACUGAUGACGAUCUUGACGACGAAGGGGAGGGUCUGAAGCCGACGAUAAGGAACCCGCCCUUCGAGGACCCUGGGAAGAGACCGCUGGUGCUAACCAAUGAGGCAGGCGGAGAACGGGCAGAAGUACCCGCAUCGGCGAACCGGUACCUUCAGGGCUACCAGAGAGAAGGGGUCGAGUUCAUGUACCGGAGGGUUCGCCACACCGACGGGCCGAAGGGGGUCAUUCUUGCUGACGACAUGGGCCUUGGGAAGACCGUGCAGACCAUCGCUCUCCUCCUUGCACUCCUCAAGAAAACAGGCACGAGGCGAGACCGGAUGGACAUCAAGAGGCGCAAAGAUUGCAAGGGGCACGUCAGCGUCGCCGGGAAGCCCGUCCUCAUUGUCUGCCCGAGGUCUGUCUUGCCGAAUUGGACGGGUCACCUCAAGACCUGGGGACACUUCGAGACGGCUUGCAUUACCUCGGGGGGCAGCACCGCUGGACCCGAGUCCCUCCAGAGAGUGGAGAGCCGUCUGAAGGCUGGCCUCCUGGAGGUGGUAGUGGUCGGCGAAACCAUGUUUGCCAAUAGCAUCGAGACUCUGUCCGAGUUCGACUGGCUGACUGCCGUCUUCGACGAGUUCCACCACUACAAGAAUCCCUACACCAACAAGAAUCGUGCGGUGCAGAAACUGGUCAACGCGGAGGUCUUCAUCGGCUUGACAGGCACCUUGGUCCAGAACAACUUGGACGAGUACUGGUCCCUCCUGAACACGGUCCAACCCGGCUGUGUCGGGCGCCAGGACGACUUUAAGCGGCACUUUACAGAACCGAUCCUACGGGGCAGGAAGCGCGGGGCCAGUAGGGCGGACGUGCUGCUGGGAAGGGAGCGCAUCGACGAGAUGGGUGUUACCCGCGACAAGGUCGUCCUUCGCCGGGUCAAGGACAUCCUGGGGGACUUGCUAAAGGGGAAGAUCGGAACCGUGGUGUUUUGCAACCUCACGCACGUUCAGAAGCUCGUCUACAGGACGGUCCUCUCUCUGCCGGAGUUCAAGCUUCUCGCCAAUGCCAGCGACCCGUGCCCAUGUGGGCGGCCGGACGCGAGGAGCGGAAGCUGCUGCGGAAUGUGGCCUCAGGACGACACGUCCGAAGACCUGGUGGACCCCCGUGCGGUCAUCUGGCGCAGGUUCCACCCCGACCUAGAGGUCUGCAAGAAGGGACCAGGGUGCCCGUACUGCUGCUCGUUUUCGGCCAUUUCGAAGCUGCAGAAGCUUGCCAACCACCCUUCCUUGCUGCAGGUGAAGCCUCCGUACAAGUACGGAGAGAACGCGCACAAGAUGCUCGAUGACAUCGCCUUCGCCAACGUGGCUUUCAGCGAGGAGGCCAGGGUCAUCAUGGCCGACCUCCCCGGACAGCACGGCGGGGGUGCGGUUUCAGGGAGUUCCAUCGGGGCAGGAAGAGGGGGCGGCGGCAGGGGCGGAGGAGGCGAAUGGGACAGGAGGCUGGCGCGGCCGGAGAACUUCCUGCAGCUCUGUCGAGACGACACUUGCGGCAAGAUGAGGACACUCAAGGUUCUGCUGGAACGCUUCAAGAACAAGCACAAGGUUCUCCUGUUCAGCUACAGCACGGCGAUGCUCGACAUCCUCCAGGCGCUCUGCUCUAGCCAGGGGUACACGUUCCUCAAGCUGGACGGCAACACGGCGAAGGACCAGCGGCAGAAGAUGAUCGACCGGUUCACGAAGCAGAACGCGAUCCAGAACAACGUGUUCCUCAUCAGCACCACGGCUGGCGGAACCGGGCUCAACCUGCAGGCUGCUAGCAAGGUCAUUUUGUACGAUGUUAACUGGAACCCUGCGCAGGACGCGCAGGCGGAAGACAGGGCGUACCGGAUCGGACAGCUGAAAGAGGUGGAGGUGUUUCGGCUGGUGAGCACGGGGACGAUCGAAGAGCUGACCUACAUGCGCCAGAUAUACAAGCUUCAGACCAGCGCUGCGACAAUGGGCGAGAAGGCGGAGGGAGGGUUGCGACAGUUCGAGGGGGUCCAGGGAGUUCGUGAAGAGCAGGGGGAGCUGUGGGGUAUCAGCAACCUCAUGAAGUUCUCGGGAGAGUCGAUGCUCCUCGAGUUAAGACAGAAGUACGGCAAUGGUCUGCCGCCGCUUGUACCUGACUCGAAGGAUGGGCUGGUGAUGGAACCGCAGACGAACGUCGUGAAUAUCGUCAACAGCUACGCCGCCGCCGGUAGCACCGCUGCGGCAGAAGAGGACGCCCAGCAGCGCGGUGCGGCCAGCGAGGAAGAGGAGGAUGAAGAAGAGGAGUUUAAAGACGAUGCCUCGGAAGGCGGCGGUGCGGGAGGGCGAAACCAGAACGCCGAGCUCGGUGGCGUGGUGAUGCGGCAUGAUGAGAUGGUGGCCGCGGAUAGGGAGGAAGAGCUUCCUCCAGGGUCUCAGGAGAGCAUCGCUGAAGUUGACAUGAUGGAUGAUCAGAGCACCGACGAUGAAGCACCGGGCGUCGUAGGCAGCGGCGAAGACAACAGCAUCGUGUCAGCCGACCCAUUUACGGCGCCCUCGGUUAGCAGAUCUGCUGGUGCCGCCCCGCGAGGGCCUUCGAUCUUCGACACAGCCACCCAGGAGCGAAACGCAGCCGAGGAGAACACGACGCCUGCCGUUUCUUCGGCCGCUAGUGCCACGACCGACCUUGGUGGCCGCGUGCAACUCCCUCCUGACCUAGAUGAAAGCAGGGUUGGCGAUGUUCGGCAGCGUCACACAGCAGCAGCAGCAGCAGUUUCGCCAACAAUCGUGCGUGGGAUCGCGGCGGAGGCCGGGUUGGGUGCGCGCGGGGAAGCGGGAGCAGCGGCAGCAGUACCACUUAGCCCCUCCUUGCCGGUCGACCACGCACUGGGCCACGGUGAUGGCUCUGACCGCGGUCUUGCGGACAGCCAGAACGGUGAAGGGGCAGGGCCGUCAGCAGCGGACGAGCCGAGCUGGGCGCUGGCGCCAACGCAACCGCGGCAACAGCAAGAACCCUCUUCCUCGUCCCUGGCAUCAGCUUCGUCGCCGUCGAAUCACGGCGGAGCAAGCGACGGAGCGAGAAGACGCACCGUCGGUGGUGGUUCGUCUCAAGUGCGAUCGAGGGCUGGGGUGGAAGCAGCAGCAGCGGCGGCGGCGGCAGCGGGAGAUCGCGGGGGUAGGGGUGAUGUGCCGAGCCAGCGGUUCCUCUGGGCGCCUGCCGCACAGGAACCGUUUGACACCUCGGAUUACGACCACGUGGCGGGAACGAGAGAAGAGAGAGAGGAAAACGGGGCAGAAGAGGACAGAGUCGAGGAGGACGUGGAGGAGGCCGGUGAUGGAGGUGCGCUAGAGGAAGCACAGCCGGAAAGCGCCGUCAACAGCAGCCUGGAUCUCGACAUUCCCGACAGUGAUGGCGAGGACAACGACAACGGGGCCGCAGCGACGGGGGCGGGUAUCUCACAGCGAACAGAAGAUGUUCCUGUCGUCAACAACAAUGCAGCUGCCGAACCGGACGCACAUUGCUGCGUACGAUGACACUCUACCGCGUUGACGAUACGAAGCACGCGCGGGAUUCUCAUUUGGUGCUGCCUGCCAUCUUGGCUCGUCGCUGUUUGGGUCUGCAGAAUUUUUCCCCACAAAAUGAAGCGCCCGGAGUUUGUUACUUGUACUACAGCAAUAUUGAUCCCCGAAGAAGACCGGUCGCCCUGAUAUAAGGCCGGUAGUAUGGUGUGGCACAGACGCAUAUUGAUGUGGUCUCAUACUCUGGCUGGUGCCGGGUGAACAGCACAAAAGGCCGGUCAAAUCCCUUGGCACUAAGCGCCCUUGUAACACUACUGUACUACACCUGCAUGUCACCCCAACGGCGUCUCUGAUACAUCUGUCGCGCGACCAACUGCUCUGUUGCACCGCAUGCUGCCAUUCAGCCAUCGACGCAGGAAGAUGUCUUGAGUGAUCUGGAUCUCGUCCUCAGCAACUCAGAGAGUGUUUCCUUCACCUCCGAAACACAGCCUCCACCUGACUUCCUGUAGCCCCCCCAGGGCAUAUGGCUUCGUGUUUACCACAGAUUCCUCCCAGGAGGUAUGUAUGUCGUCCGCAAGGCAACAUUCCGCUUGUGGAGUACGCGGCGUUCCACGAACCUGCCCACAGAGUGUGCCUACCUUGUGGUUUGCGACGCGUUUUGGCCUCGGAUGGACCGACGAUUCCAUGCCCGAGGGAUAAGAUUGCGUAAUAGCUGGUUUGCUCGUGUUCUUCGAGCCAGAUGAUAGCGUAAGGCUUGCAUGUGGGAUCAAACACUUUCACUACCCGUGACAUACCGAGGACGGAUGGACAUCCGGAUUUGAUGUAUCAGGGUGUCGUGGUGUGCUCGUUUUCCGCUCAUAUGCUGAUAUUUUUUUCGGGUACAGUAUGGCCAAGGGUGCACGUAAAAAGCCAUCCCGCACACCUGAAUACCCCCU